GCCGUGCUCGAUCUCAUCUCACGGGGUGUGAAGCGGAAGGUCGCGGCUUCCAUCGCCGUUCAUCCGCCAAAGUACUAUGCCUUGGUGAGCUUUCUCAUGGAGUGGAUGCGCUGUCCGGCAGCUUUCGAGGCGAUGAGCAUCUACGUGGUCUUCCAAUUUAAGCAGGACUUAAAGCUUUUCAGGGAGGCGCUCGACUGCGUUGCCCCUGACACUCCGGAACUCUGGGUGCCCAUCAUUGCCACAGAGCCGAAGAAGGGCUGGAUGAAGGCGGUGGGCCUCGGAAACCAGUUCAUCGCGGCCUUCAAGAAGUAUUGGGGCAUCGCGGCCAUCAUGGACCUUGGCAAGGAGGAGUAUGGCCUGAUGUUGGACUCCGAGAUCUCACUCUACGACCUACACGCGCAGGCCGGCAAAGGCUGUGUUUUGGCUGUUGCAAACAAAAUCCGAUUGUUACUGUUGAUUCAACCGUAG